AUGGUCAGGGGAGCCAUCUACCAAAACAUCAAUUUCUGGAGACUUGAAUCCGAGCCGGCGAGCAAGUCCGGCCAUCUCGUAGAUCACUCUUUCAUCUUGCAGAGAGUUCCAGAACUACGUGUUACGGCCGAUAUCUCUCAUUGGGUGGUCGUCUGUGAGAGACUCCUUGAUCAAGGCGAAGAAGACCGUGAGAUCCUGGACCGCCUGAUCCCUCAUGUCCGCCAUAUCCAUGCACGCAUGGGAACAACCCAGUCGUCACAAUGCCCUGAGCCUCUAAAUCCUGCAUUUGGCGCGGAGCGGCAAUUCUUCGAAAGCCUCUGGCUUCGAAUUGUCAAGUCGAGACAGCAGACAGAUCCCAACUGCCGAAUCACUUGGGUUCCCCCCUUCCCGUACCAUCCGAUAGGCACCGCUCAGACUUUCGAAGAGCUAGCAGACAGUGAAGGGAAGCGUCUGGAAGCGCUUUUUGAGUCCGCUGUCAGCCAGUCUUAG